CGGUCAGCUGACUGCGGGGCGUCCUGUCCCGUGUUUCCGCAGCUCAGGGACAUCUUUGGCUGUUUUCCGCGGAGCUCCGAGAGGACCUAGAGCCAGAGGAGAUCGACCUGGACCGAGCCUGGAUUGACCCGGACCGAGCUUGAACCGGACCGGACCGAGCCAUGCCGUCGCUACUGUUCUGCGGGCCGAAAAUGGCGGCCUGCGGCAUCGUGAUCAGCAUCUGGGGGGUUAUAAUGCUGGCAAUGCUGGGGAUCUUUUUCAGCGCCAAAUCUGCCAUUCUGAUCGAAGACGUGCCCUUCACCGAGGAAGACAUCCGCGAUGAUAAGGAGCCUCCUCAGAACAUCUACCGGCUGUACUCGCAGGUGGCCAUAAACUGCUUCAUCGCCGCGGGGAUCUAUGUGGCGGUCGGAGCCGUGUCUCUGUGUCAGGUGCGACUGAACAAACGUCAGGAGUACAUGGUGACAUAAACAACCUUGACCUUCGACCUCUCCACGACCCCAGCACUGACCCCUGAACGCCAACGACCCAACACGCGACGCCACGUUGAUUUGUGUCUCAUCACAUUCUCAGUCCUGAUACAAGAGUUCAUAUUUUAAAGUUCAUACUGCUGGAAUAAUGCUUCAUAUUUUAAAUGAUCUGUGAAGGCUCCUGAUUGGUCGGUGUGUUCAGAGCUGGGUCCUGAUUGGUCGGUGUGUUCAGAGCUGGGUCCUGAUUGGUUGGUGUGUUCUGUGCAAGCUCCUGAUUGGUUGGUGUGUUGAAAGUGAUUAUUUAUUGUUCAAGUGUCGUGUCAUUCCAAACUGUAAUUUUCUGAUUUCAUUCAGAGUUUGAGCUGAAACUGUUUGUGCUGUUGUAAAUGUGAGUUCAUGACAGAUGUAAUAAAUAUAAUUUUAAAUGGUUCUGGAUAA